AUGCAACGAGGGGAAAAGAGGAACGAAGUUCUUGAGUUUUUGUUCUAUACCAGUGGCCGCCGCGACAAGCUCCUGGGUGAUAAUGACUGGACAGCUACUUACAAAUCGAAUCUGCAGGUGAAAUUGGCCUUUCUUCACAGCGACGAGCCUACCAAGCUAGACCUGGAAUGUCACAGUAUUUGUGAUAAACCAACCUACAAGUGGUUCAGGAAUGGAGAGAAUGCAGGACCAGGAAGGUACUACAGGGGCUUCUUUAACUCUGAAGACAGCUAUGCAUGUGCUGUUGAAGGAUUUGAAAGUUUUCACUCUCCUUCAGUGUACGCUCCAAGGACCCCCUCGGUGACCGUGAGUCCCUCUGGUGAAAUAGAGGAGGGCAGUUCUGUGACUCUGAGCUGCAGCAGUGAUGCCAACCCAGCAGCUGAGUACACCUGGUUCAAGGAACAAGACGACUCAGUGGAGGAAUCAGGACAGAACUACACCCUCAGUGAUAUGACAUCUGAGCAUGGAGGACAUUAUUACUGUCAAGCUCAUAAUGCAAUCGGGCGUCAUAAUUCCACCUGGUCGUCCGUUAAUGUGACAGCGAGAUCCUCAUCAUCAUCCUCAUCAUCAUCAUCAUCCUCAUCAGUGAUAACAGCUGCAUCUGUAGGAACUGUUGCAGUCUUCCUGGCCACCAUACUCUUCCUCGUCCUCCUCUGGUUGGGAAGGAGGAGGAGGGCCUCCAGAAAAGGAGGAAGGCCAGAUACCACAGAAGAGUCACUUCCCGAUGCUCUGUACGACGUCUCAUCUCGGACAAAUCACUCGACUCCUGCGGCACAGGGAGAACCAAUGAAACAGCAGGAUGAAGUCCACUAUUCUGUCAUCCACAUCCCUCGCUCAGAGAAACAGGAAGUGCCUCACCGGUUGGCUGGCUCCCAUGUCCAAUCAGAUCAGCCAGAGCAGGUCCUUUAUUCUGCGAUCAACUUUCAAGGACCAAACGCGGCCGCUGAAAAGAAUUAUUCAGAGGCCGCUGAAUAAUCAGAAAAUUUAAUUCUAGAGAGAAAAUAGACCUCAAGGUUUGGGACUUCAGCCUAAUUGAGACCUUUAGGAUGCAAAGACAUUUUUGUAUCCAUGUACGAUGCUUCACAUGGGAAUGCAGUUAAUAUAUUCUCUGUUCUUUUCAGGGACAGGGACGGGAGCUGCUAGACUAAAAACAAUAUGAAAAUAAUAAUAAUAAUAAUAAUAAUAAUAAUAAGGACCACAACUAAAGCUGACCAUUUUAGAGAAACCCUAGUUACAACAUGCAGUGCAGUGUCUCCAACAGAUGAUGACAGACACCCCCUCUUGGAGUGUCUUCAACAGUUGCAAAACAAUACAUUUUCUGUACUCCUCCCUUCCCCUGAUUCUAUAUAAACUGUGUAACGUUUAGUCAUCAGGUUAGAGAGAUGGGUAACCCUAACCCGAGACAUGGUUACGCUUUAUCAAUAUGUUUUUAUAGAUAAAACAUUGUUUUCUGUACUUUUGUUCCCAUAUGACCCGUGUAUCUUAUCCUUUGUUCUUUGAAGAAAAAAGUACAUCUUAUUUGUCUUGUAACUCUAACAAUGACCAUGCUUCAUUAAACAUUAACGCAAUAUUUAACCAGAA